GCAGAUUGCGCACCCCUGGAGCCCCGAAGUCCUCCCCAAGUUUUGAGUUGUGGCCGUCAGUGAACAGCGGGCUAAGACGAGAUUUCUUUUCUGACCUUCCCGGGCAUUAAGGGGUGAUCUGGAAAAGUACCCAAAUGAAAACGUUGUAUCAGAGUAAGAUGGACGGUAGCUUUGAUUGUGAUUGUGGUGAGCUGGAGCCACCUGAUCACUAACAAGACAUCUGUCACCAGCAGUCACCAGGGCUUCCUGUUGAAAUACAUCAACAAAGGAAGAAAAGCAAAACGGAAAUAGUGCUUGCCAGCACCUUAGAAUGCUGCUGCUCAGGGCCAGUCCAACACUGAAUGUAUCUGCACUGUGAGGAAGAUGUUCAUAGAAACCUGUUGGGCGCAUAUUUAUUCACAUUUUGUUAAAUGUUAAGUCGUUUAGCACAGUAAAUCUGAGUGCAUAGUAUGUCAUUUCAUUCCGUUUGAGUUUCUUGAGUGUUUUCUUUAAAUGUCUGCGGAGUUGCUGCCCCCUUUUUGAACUAUGAGUACUGCAAUCUUUUUCAUUCUCAGUAUGAGUAGAGAUUUUUGAGCUUUAAUCCAAGGGGAACUCAACGGCCUGGCUGGCAUAUGCAAUGAACAUCAAGACACCAUCUUGCUGCGGAAGCUUAGUUAUUUUUAUUCUCCCCUUUUGAGAGAUCUUUCCUUUUGAUGCCAGUUUUCUUCCUUGUUUACACAAGUUCAGCAAUUCGAAAGGAAAAGGCAAUAGUGAAGGUUUCAAAAUGGCUGAGAAAUUUGAAAGUCUCAUGAACAUUCAUGGCUUUGAUCUGGGCUCCAGGUACAUGGACUUGAAACCACUGGGCUGUGGAGGCAAUGGCUUGGUUUUUUCUGCUGUAGACAACGACUGUGACAAGAGAGUAGCCAUCAAGAAAAUUGUCCUUACUGAUCCCCAGAGUGUCAAACAUGCACUCCGUGAAAUCAAAAUUAUUAGAAGACUUGAUCACGACAACAUUGUGAAGGUGUUUGAAAUUCUUGGUCCCAGUGGAAGCCAGUUAACAGAUGAUGUGGGCUCCCUCACAGAGCUGAACAGCGUCUACAUUGUUCAGGAGUACAUGGAGACAGACUUGGCCAAUGUGCUGGAACAGGGCCCCUUACUGGAAGAGCACGCCAGGCUCUUCAUGUACCAGCUGCUACGUGGGCUCAAGUAUAUCCACUCUGCAAACGUGCUGCACAGAGAUCUCAAGCCAGCUAAUCUUUUCAUUAACACUGAAGACUUGGUGCUGAAGAUAGGUGACUUUGGGCUUGCGCGGAUCAUGGAUCCUCACUAUUCCCAUAAGGGUCAUCUUUCUGAAGGGUUGGUUACUAAAUGGUACAGAUCUCCACGUCUUUUACUUUCUCCUAAUAAUUACACUAAAGCCAUUGACAUGUGGGCUGCAGGCUGCAUCUUUGCUGAAAUGCUGACUGGUAAAACCCUCUUUGCAGGUGCACAUGAACUUGAACAGAUGCAACUGAUUUUAGAGUCUAUUCCUGUUGUACAUGAGGAAGAUCGCCAGGAGCUUCUCAGCGUAAUUCCAGUUUACAUUAGAAACGACAUGACUGAGCCACAUAGACCAUUAACUCAGCUGCUUCCGGGAAUUAGUCGAGAAGCACUGGAUUUCCUGGAACAGAUUCUGACGUUUAGCCCCAUGGAUCGGUUGACAGCGGAAGAGGCGCUUUCCCACCCGUACAUGAGCAUAUACUCCUUUCCCACUGAUGAACCCAUUUCGAGUCAUCCUUUCCACAUUGAAGAUGAAGUUGAUGAUAUUUUGCUUAUGGAUGAAACUCAUAGUCAUAUUUAUAACUGGGAAAGGUAUCAUGAUUGCCAGUUCUCAGAGCAUGACUGGCCUAUUCAUAACAACUUUGAUAUAGAUGAAGUUCAGCUUGACCCAAGAGCCAUGUCUGAUGUCACUGAUGAAGAAGACGUACAAGUUGACCCUCGGAAAUACUUGGAUGGAGACCGAGAAAAGUACCUGGAAGAUCCGGCUUUUGACACCAAUUACUCUACUGAGCCCUGCUGGCAGUACCCGGAUCAUCAUGAAAACAAGUACUGUGACCUGGAGUGUAGCCAUACUUGUAACUACAAAACGAGGUCAUCAUCAUAUUUAGAUAAUUUGGUUUGGAGAGAGAGUGAGGUUAACCAUUACUAUGAACCCAAACUCAUUAUAGAUCUUUCCAAUUGGAAAGAACAAAGCAAAGAGAAAUCUGAUAAGAAAGGCAAGUCAAAGUGUGAAAGGAAUGGAUUGGUUAAAGCCCAGCUAGCGCUGGAGGAGGCAUCCCAGCUGGCUGGGGUGGAAAGGGAGAGGCAGGGAUUUGACUUUGAUUCCUUCAUCGCAGGAACCGUUCAGCUCAGUUCACAGCGUGAACCUCCUGGAGUUGUUGACAAGUUAAACGACUUGAACAGCUCAGUGUCCCAACUGGAGCUGAAAGGCCUGAUAUCAAAGUCAGUAAGCCAGGAGAAGGAGGAGAAAGGGAUGGCAAAUUUGGCUCAGCUAGAGGCCUUAUAUCAGUCUUCUUGGGACAGCCAGUUUGUGAAGGGUGGGGAGGAGUGCUUUCUUGUCAGUCAGUUCUGCUGUGAGGCCAGGAAGGAUGAACAUGUGGAGAAGGAAAACACCUACACCAGUUACUUGGACAAGUUCUUUAGCAGGAAAGAAGAUUCUGAGAUGCUAGACACUGAGGCAGUGGAGGAAGGGAAGCUUGGGGAGAGAGGAAGUGAGGCAGGGUUUUUGAACAGCAGUGGGGAGUUCCUCUUUAACAAGCAGCUUGAGUCCAUAGGCAUCCCGCAGUUUCAUAGUCCAGUGGGGUCACCCCUUAAGUCAAUCCAGGCCACGUUAACACCUUCCACUAUGAAAUCGUCCCCUCAGAUUCCUCAUAAGACAUAUAGCAGCAUUCUGAAACACCUGAACUAAACACUCAGCAGACAUUUCUUUGUAUUCUUCAUGAAAUGUGUUUUGUCUUUUUUUAUUACUAGUGUUUAAGUCACUUUUUACUUGAAUCAGAAGGUGUCAUUUAGUAAGGAGUUUAUUAGUUCUCAGUUUGUUAAAUCCAGACUUUUUUUCUACAUGUGAGAUAGUUUCAUUUAACUGGCAUGUCGUUUGCACACAAAAAAAGAGUAGAGCAAAAUAAUGCAAUGCAGGAGGAGACAAAAGAAAUGCACUAAGACUAGAACAUUCUCACAGAACAAUGACUGCUUUACAGGAAACAAAAAUCUUGCCUUGAAAUUUACACAGUGAGACUGUACAUAAUUGCAUGGAAAUAUCUAUUUUUUUUCCUGAAACAUUUUUCAUUCAUUAGUAUUUUCAAGUUUUUCAUACUGUACACAUUUCUUAAAACACAUGAUACCAGCAGCAACUGAAAAUGAAUGCCGAGUUUGGUACACAUGUGUUAUCUACCUCAAGGUAACAGAAGUAUGUGGCAAACAUAAACCACCCAUAGUGCGUCAGUGUGCACUUCUGUUUAGCCAGCAUUUCUUGUAGUAAACUGUUCUUAAGACUCAUUCAUCACUAUCAGUGUUCUGGUGGUCAUUCUUUAUAGUGAAGUGUUAAUACAUCACAUCUUAUUUAUUUUAGCAAAUCAGUAUAUUUCCUGUAUUUAAUUAUAAAAGUUAACUUAGUUUAAAAUUUUAUUUGCAACAACCCUUUUUCCAUUUGGCACCAUGGUUUGUUGCCUGUCUAGCUGAAGGCAUACCGUCAGCCCUUCCUGAGGCAGUCCACGUAUGUUAAGUGUUCAUUUUAAGUAAAGUACUCACUGUGUAUAGGAAUCCGUAUUUUGGAGGUGCUUGAUCUAUUUACAAAGAAAAUUAGGAAUUACUUUAUUAUAAAAUGCUCCUAGAAGUCUUAAUUGUGUUUAUUUUUCAAAACCUGUAAUGUUAAACUUGUGUGCAUGGAAGUAAUUAAGGUACAUCAUUAUUGUAGCUUAAAAGUUGUACAUGAUAAGACUUUUUUUGUUUUGUUUUUACUGUAUGUUUUUAUUGAAUGAUCUAUUCCCCAUCCCUAGGCAAGCAUGAAUAAAAAUUAGGUUAAAUGUAGCAUGUGGCAUCUCAGUCUCUUAGACUUUGUCCCAUCUAUUUUAUUUUGCUGUAUAUUCUCUGUAUCUUUGGUUAUUCUAUUUGAGGAAAAAGGACAAAUAAAAUAUGGCCAGCAAA